AUGUUUCAAUGUAUCUAUCUAUGUAUCUAUCUAUCUAUCUAUCAGUCGAUCGAUCUAUCUAUACUUGUACCUAUGUCUACCUAUCUAGCGACCUUUGACUGUACAUUGUUAUCUACCGAUCUAUGUAUAAUUGAACAUGGACAUCUAUCUAUCUAUCUAUCUAUCUAUCUAUCUAUCUAUCUAUCUAUCUAUCUAUCCCUCUCUCUCUCUCUAUAUAUAUAUAUAUAUAUACAUAUACUAAAUUGUUUUUAUCUAUCUAUCUAUCUAUCUAUCUAUCUAUCUAUCUAUCUAUCUAUCUAUCUAUCUAUCUAUCUCAGUCUGUUCAUAUUAUCUCUAUCUACAGAUCCUACCUCUAUUUUCCUUUCCUUGAUAUUCCCGUUUCCUCUUUUUUUAAUUCCUUUCCACUUCUCCGACCUACUUAUUCAUUUUUUUACCAUUCUUUCAUCUAUUUGCCUUUCAUUCGUCGAGGCUGUUUUAUCUCAUUACUGUCCGUUUUUUUUUCCUCUCCAUUUUGAGCUCUAA